UUAUUCAGCCCUAAUUCGGCGCUGCGUCCACGAGCAAUAUAGUUUCAAUAUGAUUCUUCUUAUUCUGCUGACAUUUCAGACAUUCUGUGUGGUUUCGAAACGCUUUCGCAAGAACUACAUCCAUCGUUUCACAGGCACCAAGAGCCUAUUCCUCUUCCAUCCAUGGAGUCCAGCGCGGCGCGUGUGCGUCUAUAUCGCAACGAACCAAUUUUUCGACUACUGCGUCAUGGCCACCAUUCUGUUCAACUGCAUUUUCCUUGCCAUGACCGAGACGGUGGAGGAGGCUGAGUACAUCUUUCUGGCGAUUUACUCCAUCGAAAUGGUGAUCAAAAUCAUUGCCAAAGGCUUUCUGCUCAACAAGUACACCUAUCUGCGCAACCCAUGGAAUUGGCUAGACUUUGUGGUCAUAACUAGUGGCUAUGCCACCAUUGGCAUGGAGGUUGGCAACCUGGCGGGGCUGCGUACCUUUCGCGUGCUGCGCGCUCUCAAGACGGUUUCCAUCAUGCCCGGACUUAAGACAAUUAUCAACGCGUUGCUUCACUCCUUCCGUCAACUGGCGGAGGUCAUGACGCUCACCAUCUUCUGUUUGAUGGUCUUUGCCCUCUUCGCCCUGCAGGUCUAUAUGGGCGAGCUGCGCAACAAGUGUGUGCGCCACGUGCCCUCCGAGUGGUCCAACGUCUCCCAUCUCGACUGGCAUAUGUGGGUCAACGACACGGACAACUGGCUAUUCGACGAUGAGGAGAUGCCCGUGCUUUGUGGAAACUUGACGGGCGCCCGUCACUGCCCAUUCGGCUAUAUGUGCAUCUGUGUCGGCGAGAAUCCCAAUCAUGGCUAUACCAACUUUGACAAUUUCAUGUGGUCAAUGCUAACGACCUUUCAGCUGUUUACAUUGGACUACUGGGAGAAUGUCUACAAUAUGGUGCUAGCAACUUGUGGUCCAAUGAGUGUCAUAUUUUUUACGGUGGUUGUGUUUUUUGGCUCAUUCUACUUGAUUAACCUGAUGCUAGCCGUUGUCGCGUUGAGUUACGAGGAGGAGGCGGAGAUAACAAACGAGGAGCGGAAAAAGGAUUUGCUGGACCAUCGGGAUGAUUCCACGUUCAGCUUUGAUCCAUCCGUGCUGAAUGUUAAGAAAUUUAACAAGAACAACAAUAAGAGGAUCGACUCCCGCAAGGGCGUCCUCCUGGCCUCGUACAGCAAGAAGAAGACGCGCCGAAAAAAGACCAAAGGCGGAAAAGAGACUAAUGGCAAUGGGAAUGGGAACGGCAGCAAUGGCCAUAAAAACGAUACCAACAAAUCCCCUUCCGCCACGCCCAGCCCGGGACCAAGUCCGCGACAUAGUGCCACGGAGCGUCCCUCCGCCCUCACGCGGCAGGCUCAGAAGCAAUACAAACAGAUAGAGCAGCAGCAGCAGCAGCAUCAUCAGAAUCUGCUGGCCAAGGUGCCCGCCGCUGCUACGCCCAAGAACCGCAUUAGCUUCCAGGAGGAGCCGCAGAAGAACGCCAACAUGCUGUACCCCUCGGACAACAAGGGCCAGCUCAUCGCCAGCAGCCGUCAGACGAGCUACAACUCAAGUGGCGUCAAUCGCGAAUCCUCGCAGGAUGAUUCCGGGGUGGUCGACGAUCACGAGGAGCAGGAUCCGGCCAACGAGCUGGGCCACGUGUCCACCGUGGAGUUGGCCCUAUCCCCGCGUGAAGUGCGCCUCAUCAAGUGCAAUGGGAACAUAGCCCGCAUCAAGAAUCAUAAUGUUUAUGCCCUGCAUCAGGAGUUCUCCUCGGAGGUGGUGGUUAUCGAUGAUCUUCCCGACCGCAACUGCAAUCGCUGUGUCCACUGCUGCGCCGACUACGAGAGCUGGCUGCAGUUCCAGAACUGCCUCUACAAGGUGGUGAGGGAUCCGCUCUUCGAGCUGGCUAUCACGCUGUGCAUUGUGCUAAACACAGCCUUUCUGGCUAUGGAGCAUCACGGCAUGAGCGAGAGCUUUCGCAAUGCCCUGGAUGUGGGAAAUAAGGUUUUCACGUCCAUUUUCACCUUUGAGUGCAUUGUGAAGCUGAUGGCCCUGUCCAAGGACUUUUUUCUGUGCGGCUGGAAUAUAUUUGACCUGCUCAUUGUCACGGCCAGUUUGCUGGACAUCAUCUUCGAGCUGGUCGAUGGCCUUAGUGUCUUGAGGGGACUGCGACUGCUGCGUGUUCUAAAGCUGGCCCAGUCGUGGACCACAAUGAAGGUGCUGCUGAGCAUUAUCAUAUCGACAAUUGGGGCGCUGGGUAACCUCACGCUGAUCUUGGUCAUAGUCAUCUAUAUAUUUGCCGUCAUUGGCAUGCAAUUGUUCUCCAAAGACUACACGGCGGAAAAGUUUGACCCAGAUCCAGUUCCAAGAUGGAAUUUCAAUGACUUCUUUCACUCAUUCAUGAUGAUCUUCCGCAUAUUGUGCGGGGAAUGGAUCGAGCCGCUCUGGGACUGUAUGCGAGCCGAAGAAGAGCAAGGUGCCUCCACAUGCUUCGCCAUAUUUCUGCCAACUUUGGUCAUGGGAAACUUCAUGGUGCUCAACUUGUUCUUGGCCUUGUUGCUUAACAGCUUCAAUUCUGAGGAGCUCAAGUCGAAGAAAGAGGAAGUGGGCGAGGAGUCUAAGCUGGCGAGAAGUAUCGAACGGGUGCGGGAUCUGAUAAGGAAGAAGCGGCAAGAGCGUAAGGAUCGUAAAGAGCGAAAGUUUGCCGAGAAGUUCCAGCAGAUCGUGCUCGAGGCCCAGGCCCAGGCCCACGCUCAAAGUCAGGGUCAGGCACAGCUCCAUUCCACGGGGGGAAUGGAGAUGGACAAGUCUAAUCUGUUGGCCGAGACUAAGUUCCAUAGAUUGAGCUACCAGGAAUCUUUGAAUCGGCCAGUCUCGGGCUCUGACUUUGGCUUCCAGAUCCCCUUGAGGGACGGCCUGCACACAAUUGUUGAUGGCCUCGAGUACGACGAAGCCUCGGAUGUGCCCGAGCAGAUCCAGCUACAGGAUCAGCCACUGCCACCAAUUACAGACUCGCUGCCGCCCACCUACGAGACCGCCAUCAUGUCUGCCCACAGCAACAACCUAACUCCGUUCGCCCUGGCGGAGCGAUGGCUGCAACACCAGAUCUCCUCGGGGGUGAGCACCCAGCAGAACGACUCUAGGGACGAGGCCACCUACACGGAGUCGAUCGAUCUGCGUCUUCUGGGCCAGUACAACUCCACGGACACGGAUCCAUAUGCCAACGACCAGCGAAGUGGCUCUUUCAACCACGGAGACUCUUUUCAGGAUAACUCCUCGCGGCGCUACGGCAGCGAAGAGCACGACGAGGCCUACCUUAAGUACCAGAAAUCGUUGCUAACCCGCUCACCCAGCUACAGGAAGUCUCUGGACCGACUCUUACAGUCCAGCGGUCACUCUCAGCGCUCGCUGCUCAAGUCGGAGGAGGCGGAGAUGCGAAGGCACUCUAGUGGCCACUCCCUGAACUCCAUAUCGAUCGAGCACGACGAGCUGCUCUCGCAGCAAGGGAAUCUGCGCGAGGAGCUUCUCAAUUGCGAGCAGAAGGAGCUCUUUCAGUUCCUCCAGGAGGAUAACGAGAUGCCGAAGUCCAAUCUCAGCUACAUUUCGUCGAACCUCAUGCGGUCGCGCCGAUCCUCCAGCCAGGGACAUCAGGAGAGCGAGGCGCUGGUGGAGCACUCGGAGUUCGAUAACAUCAUCCAGAGCUUCGAGAAGGAGUUGGAGGAGAUCAAACGCUCGACUACGUCGCUGGAGCGCAAGCUCUCCACCCUAUCAGAGCCCUCGCCGGCGGCCGACGAGGCCACCAAAGCGAUCAUGGAGCACAUUGCCAUUAUCACGGGCGCCUCGGAGCGCACAGCCGUCGAUGAGGUAGUGCAUCCACACAAUCCUUAUGACAGCUACGACCUAUCUAGCGUUCCGAGACGCUCCCAGUCCGUUAGCUCCACCGCCCAGCGGCAGUCCGUGAAGAUAAAACGCCGCCGCCUGGAGAAGCAGCGCAAGAUCGACGAGGACUUUAGCAUAUCGAAUGAAAUACGCAAAAUCUGUGAUCAAAUCCAUGCGCCUUUCGUGGCCAUGGAGGCCAUGGCAGUGGCAGCCACCAGCCAAGGUCCAGGCGCCAGCCAGUCGCCCUUCACGCGCCGCAAGUUCGACCCAUUCACGGUUCAAUUCGAUCGCUUCAAACGGUUGUCGCUGAUCGAGCGGCUAGAGGAGCUGCCGGAGGAGGAAAAGCCAAUCUCCACGCUACGCAUCGAAUCGGAGAAGAUGCCGCGCAAGUUUCUCAACAGCGACCAGCUGCGCCUGGACAGUCUCUCGCUCAAGAGUACCAACUCCUACGAGAACCUGCUCAUCCAGAAGCAGAAGCUUGUUCUGCCAUUAUCCACUGGUGUACCCGCCACGCCACCCACCUCCUUGAAGUCGAGCCUUGAGCCACCGACACUGGCGCAAAUUUCAUCGCUAAAGGUCACGCCCACGCCCCCGCUGGCCGCCCUCACCGAGCACCAGCAGCACUUUCAUGCUACGAGCAUCCAAACGGCCCCCUCUCAUGGUCACGGCCAAAGGCACACCCAUGGGUCUGGCCAUCGGCACGGCAAUGGCCACUCACAAGCACACCCAACGGCAGGACAGAGGCGACGCCCCAUGGAGCAUCCACAAUCGACUUUAGACAAAGCCGCUUCCUUCCAGUCCGCGCGCACCGAGUCGCACAGCUCGGGCGCCGCCGACACCAGCUCGGCCCUGGCCCUGGCUCUCGCCCACACCCACAAGACUGAGCAAUCCGAUCAGCCGGAAAAGGCGGCACAGAAGCCGGCGGCAUUCACUCGACUGACCGAAAAACCAUGGCAUUGUUUGGUUUCCUACGUAGACGACCUCACCGUCGGUGGGAGACGUAACUCGCAGGGCGCUUACAAUGAUCCCAUGACUUUUCCGAGCUAUAAGCAGGCGAAGCCGCCGAAGGUGCCAGAUGACUGCUUCCCCCAGAAGUGCUACGAUCACUUUUACUUCCGCUGCCCUAGGUUUAUGUCCUGCAUGGACACGCCGAGCGCCAAGCAGUGGACCCGCAUUAGGACGGCUGUCUUGACGGUUGUCGAUACUCCGGCCUUUGAGUGGUUUGUGCUAGUGCUGAUCUUUGCGUCGAGUAUCACGCUUUGCUUCGAGGACAUCUACCUGGACAGCAACAAGACGCUGAAGCGCGUACUCUACUGGACCAACUUCUCCUUCUGCCUGAUCUUCGUGGUGGAAAUGAUACUCAAGUGGCUGGCGCUGGGAUUCUCCAAGUACUUCACGAGCUUCUGGACCAUACUCGAUUUUAUCAUAGUGUUUGUAUCGGUUUUCUCGCUGCUAAUUGAAGAGAAUGAGAACCUCAAGGUUCUGCGGUCAUUACGCACACUGCGUGCCCUGAGACCCCUGAGAGCGAUCUCUCGGUGGCAAGGAAUGCGGAUUGUAGUAAACGCUCUCAUGUAUGCAAUACCAUCAAUUUUCAAUGUACUUUUGGUUUGUUUGGUUUUUUGGUUGAUCUUCUCAAUAAUGGGUGUUCAGUUCUUUGGUGGGAAGUUUUUCAAGUGCGUCAAUGAAAUGGGAGAAUUGCUGCCAAUUACUGAGGUGAACGACAAGUGGGACUGCAUUGAGCAGAACUACACGUGGAUCAACUCGAAGAUCACCUUCGAUCAUGUGGGCAUGGGCUACCUGGCCCUGCUACAGGUCGCAACCUUCGAGGGCUGGAUGGAGGUGAUGGCGGAUGCCGUGGACGCCCGGGGCGUGGACCUGCAGCCGCAGCGGGAGGCCAAUCUCUAUGCUUAUAUUUAUUUUGUUAUAUUUAUUGUGUGCGGAUCGUUCUUCACACUCAAUCUGUUCAUUGGAGUUAUCAUUGAUAACUUCAAUAUGCUCAAGAAGAAGUAUGAAGGAGGAGUGUUGGAAAUGUUUCUCACCGAAUCUCAAAAACACUAUUACACGGCUAUGAAAAAAUUGGGACGAAAGAAACCACAGAAAGUUAUUAAGCGACCUAUAAAUCAUUUUUUAGCUAUGUUUUAUGAUUUAUCCAAUUCGAGAAGGUUCGAGAUUGCGAUCUUUGUACUGAUUUUUCUCAACAUGCUUACCAUGGGCAUCGAGCACUACGAUCAACCGCAUGCGGUCUUCUUUAUACUGGAAGUGAGCAACGCCUUUUUCACCACGGUCUUUGGUCUGGAGGCCAUUGUCAAGAUUGUGGGACUACGCUAUCAUUACUUCACGGUCCCAUGGAACGUAUUCGACUUCCUUCUGGUGCUGGCCUCUAUCUUCGGCAUUCUAAUGGAGGACAUCAUGAUCGACCUGCCGAUCAGUCCGACACUACUGCGCGUCGUCCGAGUAUUUCGUAUAGGGCGCAUCCUCCGACUGAUAAAGGCGGCCAAGGGCAUAAGGAAGCUGCUUUUUGCGCUGGUAGUGUCGCUGCCAGCUCUCUUCAACAUUGGUGCCUUGCUGGGACUGAUUACCUUCAUCUAUGCCAUACUGGGCAUGUCGCUCUUUGGGCACGUGAAGCUGCAGGGCGCCUUGGACGACAUGGUGAACUUCCAGACCUUCGGGCGGAGCAUGCAGCUGCUCUUUCGGCUGAUGACUUCAGCCGGAUGGAACGACGUUCUCGAGUCGCUGAUGAUCCAACCACCCGACUGCGAUCCCUUUUUCAACCGGCAGACUAAUGGCGACUGCGGCCACCCUUUGCUGGCCAUUACUUACUUUACGAGCUUUAUCAUUAUCAGCUACAUGAUUGUGAUCAACAUGUACAUUGCCAUAAUUCUGGAGAACUUCAACCAGGCGCACCAAGAAGAGGAGAUUGGGAUUGUCGAAGACGACUUGGAGAUGUUUUACAUACGUUGGUCCAAAUAUGAUCCACAUGCCACCCAGUUUAUACACUUCUCGCAACUGUCCGAUUUUAUUGCCUCUCUCGAUCCACCAUUGGGCAUCUCGAAGCCUAAUAAUGUCGCUCUAGUGUCAUUUAAUCUGCCCAUCUCUAAGGGUAAUAAAAUACACUGUCUCGAUAUUUUGCACGCGCUCGUGAAGCACGUGCUAGGUCAUGUCGAGGAGACCGAUAACUUCAAACAGUUGCAGGAACAAAUGGAUGUCAAGUUCAAGAAACAGUUUCCAACGCGCAAAGAAUUGGAAAUUGUUUCGUCGAUGCGGAUCUGGAAGCGCCAGGAAAAGGCGGCCAAGACCAUACAGACCGGCUGGAAGGACUAUUUGCGGCGCAAAAAUGAAAAAAAGCGCUCCAAUUCCGCCGACAGUGCCACCCAAACCUCCAGCCCCGGCGGAUGGCAAUCGAAGCUCUCGGCUCUAAACUUUUUCCAUCUGCAGGUCAGUCGUCGGGGAACCGCCUGCUCCAGUCGUGCCUCAUCGCGGAAGUCCUCGCGUGCCUCUGAUGGCUCCGAUCUGAGUGAGCUGGCCGGGCCCUGGCUGAAUCUGCCGCUGAUGCUAGUCUCGGGGGCCGACGAUGUCGUCAAGGAUAUCAAGCAGCAAAGUGACGAUAUGGGCAAACGCAUCCUUCAGUAAUAACUUAAGUCGAAGAACAAUGUCAAGUGAAUCUAAUAUUAAACCCAAUUCAAUCGGGAAAUAAUAUACUAUCCAGAAGAUAGCACUAGAAUCGAAGUGGAAUCGUAAUCGAACUAAUCCAAACCAAACCAAACCAAAUCGAAAUCAAUCAGCAAUCAGCCAGAUGAACCGCAGUCCUACCUAACGAAUAACUUUUAUUGUUGUGAACUAAUGAUUAGUUAAUUUAUUAUAUGAUUUAGAGUAGCUUAAAUCAAAACCAACUUGCAACAAUUGUGGUCUCCUAUGAAACAAAAUAACAAACCAGUAAGCUUCCACAAGAACUCUAUUUUAACAUAAUGAUUUACACUUUACAACUAUGUACGUGACAUCUUUGUACAACUUUGAUAAGGGCUUGGCCCUGGGCCAAGUUUCCAAGAAACUUGUCAUGUUUUUGUUAUAUUUUAAGUGUUGUUCUCUCGCUCUUAAGUCGUCAUUGUGAUCGCAUUAAGUUUACACAUCGAACACGAGUUUUGCGGUAUGAUUAUUAUACAUAGUACUAUACGGGGAAAACCGAAACCGAAAUACACCAGCAGCCUUCAAAGCAGUGCACACUCCACUCGACUUUUUUUUACUCUUACUCUUACUCUAUUUUCGAAACCUAACAACAACAGACAAUCAGACAGCGAUUGAUAGUAAAUUGAAAUUCUAUGGUACCAACUAAAUCAUUUUCUCCAAGAACAAACAAAAUAUCGUACACACAACAAAUUAAUUGUGAUUUUAACUGCAAUUUUUACACACAAAAAACAACAAGAACAAGCAAAAUAAUA